AUCAUCUACACAGAAAUUACUUCAAUCGUCUUCCAAACUAAAAAACCUCAAACUCGUCUUUCUCAUGGCUACCUCUCUGUUUUCUCCACUUUCAUCACUCACCAAAGAGCCACCGGGUCCUACACCCGCCCUUCCCAAAUCUUCGUUUCUCUCCAACACCAAGCUCUUUAACUUCACGCCUUCUUCAAGAACAAAACUCAGAGUUGAAAGAUGCCAUAUCACUCCCCGUGCGGAGUCGCUGGACCACAUUCCCAAGCAGUUCAGGGAACAAAAUCUCAAGGAUGGAUUGAUGGACAACUACAAGAAUGUUCCUCAGUAUCUUUACGGCCUUAGUGCUUCACAGAUGGACAUGUUCAUGACAGAAGAUAACCCUGUACGCCGGCAAUGUGAAAGAGUUACUGAGGAAAGCAUUUCUUCAGCCCAAAACUAUUUGAAUAAUGGGGGUAUGUGGAGUCUGUCUGACAUGAAUGAUAGGGGUCCUUCAAAGUACAGUAUGAGUGUGAGCAUGUAUCGCGGAGGGGCCCGAGGAUAUGGAAGACCCAGAACUGCACCUCCUGAUUUGCCUUCUUUGCUUCUAGAUGCUCGGAUAUGCUAUCUUGGAAUGCCGAUUGUACCUGCAGUAACUGAGCUUCUGGUUGCUCAGUUUAUGUGGCUGGAUUUUGAUAAUGCUACAAAGCCUAUAUAUCUAUACAUUAAUUCUUCUGGGACACAGAAUGAGAAGAAGGAGACUGUUGGAUCUGAAACUGAGGCAUAUGCUAUAGCUGACGCAAUGGCUUACUGCAAAUCAGAUGUCUACACUGUGAAUUGUGGAAUGGCUUAUGGUCAAGCAGCAAUGCUUCUCUCUCUUGGGACAAAGGGUUAUCGUGCUCUACAGCCAAAUUCCUCAACAAAACUUUACUUGCCUAAAGUCAACAGGUCAAGUGGAUCUGUCAUUGAUAUGUGGAUUAAGGCCAAAGAGCUAGAUGCCAACACUGAAUACUACAUCGAGCUAUUAGCAAAAGGAACAGGGAAAUCGAAGGAAGAAAUUGCUAAAGACAUCCAGCGACCUAAAUAUCUACAAGCACAAGAAGCAAUAGAUUUUGGCAUUGCAGACAAGUUAAUCAACGCAAGGGAUACAGCUUUUGAAAAACGGGAUUACGACAAGCUUCUUGCUCAGUCAAAAGCCAUGAGGAGGGCCGCAGGAGGGGCAGGUCCGCAAGCAGCUCCUUCCGGGUUUAGGUGAUUACUGAUUACAAAGCUGUAAUAUAUGAUACUUAAUAUACAUGGAAUAGAUUUAAGCUCGUCAAAUCUUCAUUUCCAUAUGGGAUGCAUCGAGCCAUUGGCUACAUGUGGCGCUUCUGCUGAUCUAUAGUAAUGAUGCAGACAAUAAUGGUGUCUAUUCCGAAUUUCCGAUUAGUAAGCAUGUAGCUUCUUCAGUUUCUAAAUGCUGUAUACGAUGUAUUUGGAAAAUGGGUUAAGCUAAAUUUUUCUACCAAAAACUUUUGAAAGGUGAUUCUUACGUUGCU